CUGAAGCUGUAACAAUAAUAUUUGUCCAACCCAACACUUUAUCUUACCUAUUGGGUUAUCGAAAUACAUUCUGCGUCUUUAAAUUACAAAGUGGGGGUUAACGUUUAGUUUGCGUAUGGACUAGUGGACGAGUGUUUCUUUCUACAAAAUACAAAACCAAGUACUUAUUUUUAUCGUCUGUUAGCUUAGCUUGAUAACUCCGAAUGUUUUAUUAUAGAUUAUAAAAUCAGACACGUCACAAAGAGAAUUUUCUACGCCACUAUAACAGGGAAAUAGACUAAUGUUUUUCAUUAUUUGGUUUUUCAUACUUGAUAAAAUCACAGUAUACAUAUUUAUUAUAUUUGCAUUCUUUUAAAGUUAGAGAUAUUGGAAAGGGCUUAUCGGCAGCCUCAAGAAGACACGGAGGCGGCUAUUGAGCGAAAGCAUUUUGUUCAAAGAAUGCACGUACAACGUAAAGACGCGUUGGAAAGGUUGGAGACAAUCAAAAAAGGAGAUGACUACGAUAUCGGUAUCGAGUGUCUGAGAGAGGUAGACGAACAUCUGAAAUACAUUGGAAUUCAAUCCGGAAGGAUAAAUGAUUGUUGGUCAGAGGUGAUAUCUGCCCUAAGAUUAUUGAACACCAAUAAGCAUUUAGACAUCUUCAAGCCGACAGUCAUAUGGAUAAGGCGCAACAUUCCACAAGAGGAGUGGGACUUUGUCAAAGACUUAUUUUUGUGUUAUAGCAAGAAAAGCGAAGACGACAUACACGAUUUAUUCAGAUUCCUUCAACAAUCAAGAACAGCUGAUCCAGUCCAACGUCGGUGGGACUUGUUUCUCGUAAUCGGAAAAGAAAUAUCUGGAACAUAUGUUUCUCGAGAUUUAGGCAAAUCAUCAGAUCAACAUAGGGACAUUGGCGUCAAAGGCAAAGGAAAAUUGUUUUCUGGAGAUGGACAACCUGAAAAAAGCAAAUGUACAAUAUUAUAGAGCAAUUAGAAAGGUCCCCAUAUCUUGUUUAUUAUCGGUGUACACUUGCUUUCUACAUGGCCUAUAGCCACAUAGUUUUACAUUUACACAUUGAAAUGCAGAUGAAUUGUAACAAAAUACUGUCAUUUAAAAUGGGAUUACGUAUUUAACAUGGUACAUCAAUCAUUGACGACCUCGACCACAUUGAUCUUUAUAUGAAGUACGGUUGUUUUAUCAAGUGUAAAACACGUUAGUCAAGAAGAAACAAAGAUGUAAAAGAGAAAUUCUACUGUAUACUAGUCAUUUGAAACAUGGAUUUUUAGCUUUUUUUAUGGGGAUAUUUUACGUGGUCCCACAUUUCCGUACUGAGAUCUAGUUGUCCUUCUUAUGUUCGCAUGCUUUUAGUACCUGCGCAAUUGUUCGAUUAAUGUUGAAAUAAAAUGGGUCGAUUUGCGGAACUCCGCUUGUUACCAUCUUCUGGUCCAUCCUUCACUUUUGAAGUCAUUUCACAUGCCAGAAUAUUUUCAAAAUACAUGUAUAUAUUUAGUUGUUGCGAUUUAUGUGAAAAAUCCUUUUUCAUUCAUCUUACCUUUUCUGAUGUUAAAUUCCGGUUUCAUUAUUAUGAUAUAGCCUUUACUAAGUAUUUCUGACAAGUAAUUUCCUGAUGAAAUAAAGUACAACGUUGUAUUUCUGAUCAAUAUCACAGCGCAUACUUGCUAUUUAAAAAUGGUACUGCUCUUUGUUUCUUUCCUAAAAUAACGUGUUGUAUGCGGAGAUUGAUUCUAAUUUUUCUUCAACCUGAAUGAAUGCUUAUAUACUGCGCGUCAUGCAUCCAUUGUCUUAAAAUUCAUUCCAUUAUUUUGUCUUUUUAUUUCUAUACUUUUAUUUUACAUUUUCUUUAAUCAAAACGUAAAAUAGUAGACUAUUACGACAAAAUUAGUAUUGUUCCUUUUGUCAGACUAUAGAAAAACGCCGUGCGGUAAUGUUGGUACAAGUUUUAGUCCAGUUCAAUUGCUUUGGAUAUCUACUUUUAUUGAUACACAUAUUCUUUCUUUCUUCGUUUUCGUUUGCUUAUCUAUUUGCAUGUAUAGUUUAGAACUGUAUUACAUUUUUUUUUUAUUAAAAUAAAGAUGCUAUA